GGCAGGCAGCUAGCUGAGGGCGGGACCAGAGAGCGUUGAGAGUCUCGGCUCCUUCCCCAGCUCUACUCGCUCUGGCUCCCGUCCAGGCUGAUCGCACCAUGAGCCGCUGGCUGCUGGCUGCCCUGGCCCUCUGGGCUGUGACCGGUGGGGACUCCCUGCCAGCCUGUAACUACCCGCCCAGGCUCUUGUGCAGCUCCUGGAAGAUGGCCGUGGCCUGCCAGGUGGAGAAGCAAUGCAUCAACUUCUACCACCGCCCCCAGGCAACUGAUCCUGUGUCACUGACCCUGUAUUACGAGAGCCUGUGCCCGGCCUGCCGCAGCUUCCUAGUCACCCAACUCUUCCCCACCUGGGUGAUGCUCAGUGACAUCAUGAACAUCACGCUGGUGCCGUACGGAAAUGCCCAGGAGAAGAACGUCAGCGGAAAGUGGCAGUUCGAAUGCCAGCAUGGCGAACCGGAGUGCAAGGGGAACAUGAUCGAGACCUGCCUGAUGUACCAGCUGAAGGACUUUGAUUGGUCUUUCCCUGUGAUCUUCUGCAUGGAAUCGGCGGGCUCUGUGGUCGAGAAUCUUGCAGCUUGCCUGCAGGUCUAUGCCCCAACUGCCCAGCUGGCUGAGAUCACAGCCUGCAUGACAGGAGAUCUGGGGAACAAGCUGAUGCACCACAAUGCUCAACUGACGGAUGCCCUCAACCCACCCCAUAACUACGUGCCAUGGAUCCUUGUCAAUGGGAAACACACAGACGCUCUCCAGGAGCGAGCCCAGGGUGCUCUGUUCAAGAUGGUUUGUGAGAUGUACACGGGUGAAAAGCCAGAUGCCUGCAAAGAUGGGGGGGCUGAGUCCCAGCUCCUAUGAAGACCCAGUCUCUCUGCCUGAAUUAACCCCCAGCCUAGGGCAGCUCCCUGCACCCCAGCUCUUGGCCUUGCAAUUGGGGUGACCAGACAGCCAGAGGCAGCAGGGGACCUAUUUUUGCCUGGUAUGAUGUCAGCUCUGGGCUCAUGCCCAGUAAACUCUGCUGCAGGUGGGGGCAGUUCAGUUGUGAGUGGGGGUUGAUGGGAGAAAAGGCACAAGAUGGUUUGAAUUUGGAUAUGAGAAUUUGAAGCAUCUCUUCACGCGGGGUGUCCAGCACCAGGAGCUGUGCUAGGGAGAGCCCAGCCUUGUAAUCAGGAAGAGCAGCAGCAGGAGCCCUGCAGAGGUCAGGGAGCAGCACCAGCUGGAGAGUCAGUUAAAAGAGCAAGUUCUGCUGGAGAGAGGCAUCUGGUCACCCUGACUCCAGUAGGCAGCCUGGCUGAGCAGCUUGGCAGCAUGGGCCUGGAAGGGCUUCCAGAUACCUAGGCCAGUGUAAGAUGUGUCAAAUACACAGCGUUGAAAGCGCAGGAGCAACUAUCCACAUCAGGGAACUCCCUGACCCACUCGGCCUUUCCCUCUCCAGAUCUCUGUCGAGAUGAAAUAAGGGAGGGUACAUUCCGGCUCACUCUCCGAGGAGCUGCCCCAUCCCUGGGCUGGAACCUGCGCCUCUCACAGCAGACAUUUCAAACCAGGAAUGGGGCCCCACACCUGCCCUGCUUUGCCCCGGCCUUAGGCACCAGCAUGACUGGCUGCAGAUCUUGCUUUAUGCUGCGCAGCUUUCUGGGUGCUGUGACCAGAGGGGGACAAGGCUUAAGCGCAGCAAAUCUUGGGGGACAUGCUACAUUUGCUUAGCUGAUUUGGUGACUGACACCUGACCCUUUGCCCGUACUGAUGCCUUAUGUGAACUAGCUCCUCCAAACACUGACAUCUCCAUAUCCUCCGCCCACUGGCCCCUCCAUGAAAUGGUUCUGUCACUAGGCCCCAUCCUCCUUCCACGCAAACAGACCAGUGCCUUGCCCUCCCCAGCCUGACACACGCUCCCUUCUCCUUGCUCUAAUUGUAUUGAUGUCACAAAUGCAGAUUCUUGGGACUUGGGAUAGAAAUGCCCUUCCUGCAAAUGAAUCUAUUGAGUAACUUCCUG